UUCCUUCACUGCAGGUGUGCAGCUGAGCGUGUAGCUUUUACCAAGUCCGCUGGUAUUAAAAAAAAGAAAGAAAGAAAGAGAGAGAGAGUUUGGGCUGCUUUGACAAAUGGGCACAGAGAUUGAUGACAUGGACUGUUAUAUUGAAUAAGGUUUCCGCGAUCAUCUGGGAUAAGAGCUUCCAAGUGACCAUGAUGUACAUAACCAGUACAACAAUCAGUCUCCCGAACCACACAGACAGUUGUGCACCACUUUACAAGGAAGAAAACCCACUUCCACUUGUGGUUCUCUACAGCACAGUCCUCACAUUAGGUCUGCCCGCUAACCUGAUCACAGUCUUCCUCACGUUCCUCGAAGUGUGUCAGAAGAACGUCCUAGGGAUCUACCUCUUCAGCCUGUCAGUGUGUGACCUGAUGUAUCUUGGCACACUUCCACUCUGGGCCAUUUACAUCAACAGAGGUCACCACUGGGAGUGGGGCUCUUUGACCUGUAAGUUCACCGGCUAUGUGUUCUUCAACAACAUGUACAUCAGUAUCUUCUUGAUGUGCUGCGUUUCAGCGGACCGUUUUGUCGCGGUGGUCUACGCCGUGGAGUCUCGUGGUCUGAGAAGGAUGAGGCAUGCUGUGAUCAUCAGCGUUAUGAUUGUGGUGGUCGUUGCUGUGGGACACGUGCCGGUUUUCACCAUGGCAGAGGGAGACUCUGAAAAAAUGGAAGAGAAGCGGUGCUUCGAGCCAAGCCUACCCUCUGUCGUAGUGACGGGCUUCAACUACGCCCGCUUCCUCAUCGGUUUCUUCAUCCCGCUGUGCAUUUUAAUAUUCACCAACUUGGCCAUCAUUUCUAAAGUUCAAGCUAGCACAGGUUUGACGCCACAGGCCAAAAUCAAAAUACGUCACCUGGCCUAUGCUGUCAUCUUGUUCUUUCUGGUCUGCUUCAUGCCGUACCAUGUGAUCCUUUUGACACGUGCCAUCAAUUUCCACUUUUCCAAUGGGAAAUGUGACUUUGAAAGAAGCAUCUACACACCCUAUACAAUCUCUCUGGGUCUCUCUACCAUCAACAGUGUCAUAAACCCUGUUUUCUAUGUGCUUAGCAGCAACAGUGCUCAUACGAGGAUCCACGAAGGCCUGCGAAGGUUACGCAGAAGCUCGAGAUCUCCUUCUUUUGCAUGAUUUCUUUCAUUUUCUAAACUGGGACUUAUUUUCCUUUUUCUGUAGCCUGUACAACACUUAAAUGAAAUAGGAAAUGUUUCUGUUAUACUUGUUUAAUCUUCCAAACAUUUGGAAAGCAUUACAGGAACCAUAUUUUCUAAAUGCAUGUUAUUGUGCUUAUGUAUAUUUCCUUGUAAUUUUUAAUCAAAAUGUCAUUAUCUUCUAGUGAAACCAAUUUUGUGACAUAUGGCGGAUUUAUUCAUAACGCCCCUUUUUACCACUGGUUGACUGAUAUUGUUUUUUUAUUAUUAUUAUUUGGACUGCCGAUAUCUAGGAAAGCAGGGGGGGCGAUAGCAGAUAU